UGCUCUGAGCUUGUGAUUCCUCUCUUUCUCUCAGUCUCAGAGGAAUAUUAGACAAAGAGACAGAGAUCUCCGGUCGACUUCUCCGGACGGGAAUCUGAAGUCAUGAGACCGGAAGAAACGAGUUACCAGUCGCCACUGGACAAACCCCUCGAUCAGCUCACUGACGAAGACAUUUCACAGCUCACUCGUGAGGAUUGCCGUCGAUACCUCAAGGAAAAAGGAAUGCGUCGUCCAUCGUGGAACAAAUCGCAAGCGAUCCAGCAAGUUCUUUCCUUAAAAUCGCUGCUUGAGACGAGGUCAGAUUCCGGCGCCGGUACUCGCCAGAGUUUCGUUUCUUCCCGGACGGAAAACCCACAGCAUCAUCAGAUCCCUCCUGUAUCGGCUGCUGAAGAACCUGUAUCGUAUCGGCGAAAAGACCCUCCGAAACCCUCUUUUUCCGGCAAUGUGUCGGCCCGUCUCCCCUCCGCCGACAACAACAAAUCCAUCCCUCCCACCCCUAACAGCAGAAUCAGGAGCCUAGCGAACGAACCAGCGAGUCAGAUGACUAUUUUCUACCAUGGAAAGGUGAAUGUCUACGAUGAUAUAUCAACUACUAAGGCAAGAGCAAUCAUGCAACUUGCAGGCAGCCCCAUCUACUUGCCUCAGGACACUCCAUCUGGUGUAAAUACAGCAAUCCGGACCUUUCCUUGCCAUUUACAGGCAGCAUCUGACAAACCAGGAUCCAGUUCUCCGGCAUCAAGCUCUCCAAGUUUGCAAACAAGUAUGUCAAAAGUCGCUGAACAUACUAUGCAGUACAGGGAAGAAGGGAACAUGUCUCAUGAAGUCGAACCUGAAGGUCCAGCAAGUAGAAAAGCAUCAUUGCAAAGAUACCUUGAGAAGCGAAAAGACAGGUAUGGUUUAAAGGGCUAAUAUGUUCUUUUGGAGGAGAAAAAUAAAACCCAAGUCUUCUACUCAAACUAAAUGCCCUUCAACAACCAAUUUCUGUCUCUCUCUCGUGACUGUGUUAGAGGAAGAUUUAAGAGCAACAGGUGAAGAUUAAGCAUCCUUACAGGCAGUCAACCCAACAUGGCAUGUAUUCAUCAUCCCAACCUAGUCCACCUCACACUCCUAACUCAUAAUGUAGCUCAGUUGAGAACCAGGCCAAGGAUGUUGAUCUCAAUGACAAUGGUAAGCUAUGUAACAUUCCCUUCUUGGCAA